CUAGCCAUUAGUAGCAACAACAAAAAAAAAACUCAAAUACAAAAGUCAAAAUUAUGAGACAAAUAGUUACAAUCAUGCCACAUGUGUUUUUAAGCCUAAUACAAGCCCAUUAGGAUGUAAAAAGACUAAUAAUAUAAGCCCAUCUUCAUUUAGUCAGAAAAGUCACGUGCACCUAUCACGUGAUUUUCUUUUUUGCUUAGGUAGGGUUUGUGUAAGGGUCUCUGACGAGAGAAUUGAGAUGGCGCUUAGAGGAGUAUGGCAGCUCCAAAAGCUCGUAGUGAGCUACUGUAAUUGGGGAGGUAGCAGUAGAGGCAUAAGAGCCUUUAUGGAAUCAGAGUUGCCUGCGCUGAUAGAGAAAAAUCCGCAGCUCGAAGUUGCUACCGAGCUUUCAAGGGGACAACAUCCUUAUCUCAAGGGCAUAUACAGUAUUGAAUUUCUCUCCUCCUCUUACUUGUUAUCAUGUACAGGCACUGUAACGUCUCUUGAUGUUAGCUAUUUUUUUUUGGCAUAUGAUUGUGUAGGGAAUAGAAAUGAGAGGGUGGUGUGUGUGAAGAACAUGGAUCCUGAACAAGUGCUUUUGAAUGCAACGAGGCUUAGGAACUCACUUGGAAGGAAAGUGGUGAAGCUGAGGACUAGACAUGUGACCAAGCACCCCAGUGUUCAAGGCACUUGGACAACCGCUGUCAAGUUCUGACAACUUUGGUUGUUGCAAGUAUGAGUCCUGAGUUGUUUCUACUUCUACUUGGAUAAAGAUUCAGCUUCAGUUGUUCGAGUUGUGUCUGUCUCUCUUAAUAAGGUUUCAGGAGGGUUUAUGGUAAAAUUCAUUUUGCUGAUCAGUUGUAGUAGUACUUGGUAUUUUAGUAUCUUACCAACUACAGAGAGGACUCAAACUUUUCAUUUC